CAAGUCCCUGAAGUGAAAAACUUGUGAUGGCCAGAUACAUGUGCGGGAAUCUUUCCAAGAUAAUUAGUGACAAAACUUUUGUUGUUCAAUUUUUUUCCAUCCAACAGACAGUGUAUUCUAAAAAUUGUUCAACCAUUGAUAAAGUAGUGAUCAGGCUUCAAACAAACUAAGCGUGUUUGUAACAGAACUUGUCUGCAAGACACCACUGUUAUAUUUACAGAAGUAUUUACAGAGAGCAUGACGUGUGUUGGGGAUCAAGGUUCAACCAAUGACUUGCAUUUUGCUUUGCCUGAACUUUCCAGGAUAUAAUAAUCCCAUCAUUCAUAUCAACAACACUGGUCUGGUGUACGUGCCUCACACUGCAAGCUUUUCAGAGUCAUAAAAGUACAUGUAUGCUUGAGGAGUAGAUCUACAUAAUUUAGGCUUAUAGAUCUAAUUCCUGUCAACUUUGUGUACUACUGGCACUGUAUACAGUUUUCAUAACUUGCGAAGAGACACAUCACCAAACUCAUCAUGACAACCAAGACCAAGGCAGAUCUCCAAUUUGAGGUCAAAAAGCGUAUCAGUAUUGCAGUGACCUUGGGCCUCUCGCUGACCUACAUUGCCUGGGUGUACGCCCCCUUUGCGGUCCCAUCUGACCCUAACUUGACCGAUCGACUGGUCUUCACGCUGCGAUGGCUGGCACUGUCCAUCGUACCAAUUUUUAUCGGAAUCCGGCUUGUGGGUUCUAUUCGAUAUGAAAAUAUGGACACAGCUGGGGUUGAUACAACCGCGCCAUACUCCGAAGGACUAGUCCGUCUGAGUCAACGCGCUCUCCAGAACACGCUGGAACAAACAGCGAUGCACGUACCCUUAAUGCUCAUCCUUGGUACCUACCUGGAUUCCAACCACCUCAAGCUGGUACCCAUCCUCAUCUGCUUGUUUGUCCUUGCCCGGAUCAUGUACUACAUUGGGUACCUGUUUACUGGGGACCACCUCGGCCGCGCAUUUGGUUUUGCUUUGACCUUCUUUCCAAAUGUAAUCACACUCGUGUUCUGUUUGUAUUGCUUGGCUACAGGUGGGGCUAACUAUGGGUUGUCCAGCUCUGUGGCCUAAAAUUGGCGUACAUGUAAGUCAUGGGUAUGCAGCAUUGAUGCUGAUUGGUCAAUUCCAUAUAAUUUAGUGGUAGGAUGUUCUUUAGUGCACAGUGCUCUGCAGCAUGUAUCCCACUAUUAGUUACAAAGCUCUGCAUACAUACAUAAGAGUUUGCUUGAAGAUACAUGUAAUUAGCUGUACAUUUUCAAAUAUAGCUUUGCAAAGUUAAUGUGUUGCUGUGUAUGGAAAUUAGCUGUGCAUUUUCAAAUAUCUAAAGUCUGUACUUCUGCAGCCUAAUGAUAACAUGUUGCAGUAUAUGGAAAUCACAUGACUUCAGCCAUAAAGCCAAUACUCAUUUGUUAAGUUAAAGUAAAUUAAAUGUGAUAUACGCUUCCAUUGUGGGUGAAAUUAAACUCACAAAUGUUUUGACAACAAAAUUAACGUGCACUAUUUGACUUGUCAUAUAGAGCAUCUCACAACAUUACACAGUUGCACUCAGCAAAUCAAUUUUGGUAAAGACGAGAAGUGAAAUUGUUAGAAAAUGUUGGAUGUUGGACCAACGUUUCAAUCUCUUUAACCCUAACCUCACAGAAAGCUACAAAAUACUACUGUCUAGUAACCUGUAGUACCGUUAUGCAUUUCACAAGUGUGCACAAUACCUGUAGCAUUCUAUGGACUUGACCCUCGUACUUGUCAUUUUUCUGCAGAAUACCUAGGCCUACAUGUACAGGUAUGUACAUACAUACAUCAUGGCCUUUUUAUAGCUCCAAGCAUACAUGUAGAAGUUUACUUGAAGAUCAAUCUCGACACCUUAAAAUAUUGGUAAGAUUGAUUUAAGCAAUGCAAAUUUAUGCAAAUGUACAUUUAACAUUAGUUGGUACAUCUCUUGACAUAUUAUGUUAAAAUGUUUCAUAUAAUUCAAAUGUAAUCUGUCCUAAACAUCAUUCAUUAUUACAUGUAUGUUAGCAUGGUUCUGUUUUGCUUUUGAUGUAUAGAUGCCUUUCUCUUUUACUGCCAACAAAAAUAAUACAUGUAGAAUGAAGUUAUACAGAUAUCAUGUAAACCAUGUAAACAGUGGAAAAUGUCUAAAUCGCUAUAUGUUUUUCCUCUACUGUUGAGCUCUUAUCUGUCUUCUAAAUGGCUGACGUGAAGAUUCAAAUUAUGUACUAUGCAAUAAAUGUUUUGAGAUUUGUUUAAA